UAUUCUCGUUCUCGACAAUGCAGCGCGUCCACGAUCUCGACAGCAAGAUCUCUCUCUGGAUUCACCAGGCCGGCGCCAGGAUUCCUCGAUUCGUGCUGCGCGUGCUGGAAUUCUCCGGCGAUGGCGUCUUCUGGAUCGUCGCAAUCGCGGCGCUGGCUUUCGCGGCUCCAUCCUCGCCCCAGCUCCAGCUCCUGGUGCCCGACCUGAUGCUGGGAUUCGUGCUGGAUGUGUUGCUGGUGGCGUCGAUCAAGACGAUCGUGCGCCGCCCUCGUCCAAUCUACAACAAAGGCAUGUAUGUGAUUUCUUCCGUGGAUCACUGGUCGUUUCCCAGCGGCCAUUCCUCGCGAGCGCUCUUCAUGGCGACCUUCUUUUGGCUCAAGGCCGCGAGCUCCAUUUCUUCUUCUUCUUCUUUGCCGCCAUCGCCACCGCGGGCGAGCUUGCUCGAGUUCGUCGUCACGGUGGAAUUCUUGGCUCUCUCCUGGGCUGUGGCCACCGCCAUCUCUCGAGUUCUCUUGGGGAGACACUACGUGAUGGAUGUGUUCGUUGGCUCGAGCCUGGGAGUUUUGGAGGCGGCGGUGGUGGACAAGUUCUCUCACGCCACGCUGCAUCAAGCUUUGAGGAAGAAGCUCUCGGCCACCACCAUCGCUUGGAGGUAGCGAGAAUCUCUACCUCUUCUAUAGCUCGCUAUUUUCAGAGCAUUGAAUGAAAGCUUGAUACCCUGGAAAAACUUUCCAAGGUAUUCUUGGAACGGCUGCCUUUAGUUAUAACAAUAGGGCGGCGGUGGUGAAGGUGGUGGCCGUGACGGUGGUGAAGGU